AUGCGGCUGGUCUUCUUGCCAACAUACUCACCGGACCUCAACCCGAUCGAGGAGGCCUUCUCUUGCAUCAAGGCAUCCAUUCGUCGUAAUCGAGACUACAUUCUCGGUGAGCUUGACCGUGGUCGAGCGGGUGAUCCAUACUUCGUGUUGUGGCAGACUGUGUAUGACAGUGUCACACCAGAGAAGGCUAGAGGGUGGUUCACUCAUGCAGGAUAUGGGGUAGUAUAA